CGAAUGUCGACUCUUCGAGAUCUUUCCAAAAUAUCUUCGACACAAAAAAAAAAUUAAAAAAAAUGGAGACAAUGAGCAGCGAUCAUCAUGUCGGAGAAUCCCAUGGUCGCAGUAACCCGAUCCGGUGGUUACUAGGUUUUGGUUUCUUCGUACAAGGAUUCAGAGGUUUCGCAUGGCUUGGAGCUAAUUUCUUCCUCACAGAUGAGCUUCGUGUGAAUCCUUCAGUACUACAACUUCUCCAGAACUCAGCCAAUCUUCCUAUGGUAGCUAAACCUAUCUACGGCGUCGUUUCAGACGCAGUCUACUUCUUUGGUCAACAUCGAAUCCCAUACAUCGCUAUAGGAGCCUUGUUACAAGCAAUCUCAUGGUUAGCUAUAGCUUUCUUGUCAAGAUCCAAUGUAUCAAUCUUAGCUUUGUCGGUGUAUCUUCUCCUUAGUAAUCUCGGUGCUUCGUUAGUAGAAGUAGCAAAUGAUGCUAUUGUUGCUGAGGCCGGAAAGCGAAAAAGCUCGGGGGCGGAAUCCGGUGAGCUACCUUCGUUUGUUUGGAUGGCUUCUUCUCUUGGUGGAAUCUUGGGAAACCUUUUAGGUGGUAUUGCUAUCAAAAUGUUUUCCGCGCAGUCAACGUUCCUCGUGUUUGGGAUUUUGGCUCUUCUUCAGUUCUUGGUAACUAUAAAUAUCCGAGAAAGGUCUCUUGAUCUUCCGGUAAAUUCAUCACCAGCUGGUAUCAGGAAACAUAUCUCUGACCUUUCGCACGUGUUGAGGAAGCCGGAGAUUUCUUAUUCUAUAGCUUGGAUUGCCUUAUCAACUGCUGUAGUUCCUGUUCUGACCGGGACUAUGUUCUUUUACCAAACUAAGUUUUUGAAAAUCGAUGCAUCGCUUCUAGGGAUCUCCAAGGUGUUUGGUCAAAUCGCAAUGCUCUUAUGGGGUGUUGCAUACAAUCGUUGGCUAAAAUCUAUCCGGCCUAGGAAACUAAUCACAGCCAUUCAGGUAACAAUAGCUUUCUUUGUCAUAUCUGAUCUCUUGUUCGUGGAAGGCGUAUACCGAGACUUGGGAGUGCCGGACUCUGUAUAUGUACUAUUCUUUUCUGGAUUCUUGGAAACGCUUUUUUACUUCAAGAUUCUGCCUUUUACCGUCUUGAUGGCCCAACUCUGUCCUCCUGGAUGUGAAGGGUCUCUCAUGGCAUUUGUCAUGUCAGCCAUUGCACUCGCAUUCAUAGUUAGCGGAUAUCUUGGAAUCGUUCUUGCAUCAUUUGUUGGUGUAACAGCGGAUAAUUUCUCGGGGUUUACUCGUGGACUCGCUAUAGAAGCGUUCUGCGUUGGGAUCCCGUUGAUCUUAACUUCGUGGAUAUAUGAUGAAGCAGAAACAAAAGAUAAAAGUAAAAAGAAAGAGUGAGUUUGUUCAGGUCAAAGUGUACUUUUGUAUAUCUGUGUGAGAUUCUUGUGGUUUAAGGUUUCAUAGUCUACAUGGUUCAACCGUCGACUGUAUAGAUCUUUCUUUCAUUUUGCUUCACACCGACUAAAAUCUUUCGAUGACAGAAACAUAUCUAUGACUUUGGCUGGUGUAGUAGUUAGUGAUUACUUGUUUU